UGUAACACCGGGGGAGUUCAGUUGUUCACUGAGUAGCUGGUGAACAAAACAAAGUUAAAUGGAGCUCCAGGAGAAGAUACCUGUUCCCAUAUUCACAGACGUAGACAGGGACGUGUUUCUGCGACAGCUCUGCCCGCAGCGCAGGCCGGCCGUGCUGAGAGGCGUGUGUCUCGGACCAUGUCUGGAGAAGUGGACGGUUGAGUAUCUCGGACAGAGAGGAGGAGACAAGGAGGUGAAGAUCCAUGUUUCCACGGUACCUCAGAUGGACUUCCUUCGCAAAAACUUUGUGUACAAAACUCUGCCAUUCAAUGAAUUUGUGAAGAGGGCAUCUGAGAAAAAACACUCUGACUUUUUCCUGUGUGAGGAUGAGAGCUAUUAUCUCCGGUCGCUGGGAGAGGACGUCAGGAAGGAACCUGCUGAUCUGAGCAAACAGUUUCCGGACUUGGCAGAGGAUUUUCAUGUCCCACAUUUCUUUGAACCUGAUCAGUUUUUCUCCAGUGUCUUCCGCAUCAGCUCCUGUGGUCUGCAGCUGUGGACGCACUAUGACGUGAUGGACAACCUGCUGGCUCAGGUGACGGGGAUGAAGAGAGUGGUCCUCUACAACCCCCAGGAUGCAUUGCACCUCUACCUGUCAGGUGAUAAAUCAGAGGUAGUGGACAUCGAUGCUCCAGAUCUGAAACAGUUUCCUGACUUUGUGAAGGCGAAGCGGUACGAGUGUGUGCUGGAGCCUGGAGAUCUGCUGUUUAUCCCCGCCCUGUGGUUCCAUAACACCACUGCACUGCAGUUUGGUGUGGGUGUCAAUGUGUUCUGGCGCCACCUACCUGCUGACAGCUACGACAGAAAGGACCCGUACGGAAAUAAAGACCCGGUGGCUGCGACUCGAGCCCUUCAGGCGCAGAGGGCUCUACACACACUGGAUGAACUUCCAGCAGACUAUCGGGACUUUUAUGGACGCCGCAUGAUUCAGCGAAUCCAGAACAGGACAUACUGUGACAGUCAGCCAGCCACAAAUACACAGACAGACUGUGGCAGUACAUUACCCAGCAGGCAAUUCACCAAACCUGGAUGAGUCUGUAGAGGAACAAAGAGUAACCAAUAAAAUAUCUAUGUGUGUGUCAUA